AUGGCGGAAGAGGAGGUGGCCAAGCUGGAGAAGCACUUGAUGCUUCUCCGACAAGAGUAUGUCAAGCUGCAGAAGAAACUGGCAGAGACAGAGAAGAGAUGCACUCUUUUGGCUGCGCAAGCAAACAAGGAGAACAGCAGUGAGUCCUUCAUCAGCCGCCUGCUGACGAUUGUGGCCGACCUCUAUGAGCAGGAGCAGUACAGUGAUCUAAAGAUAAAGGUUGGGGGAAGGCACAUCAAUGCUCACAAGUUUGUCCUGGCGGCCCGCAGUGACAGCUGGAGUCUGGCCAAUUUGUCUUCCACCAAGGAGCUGGACCUGUCAGAUGCUAACCCUGAGGUGACAAUGACAAUGCUUCGCUGGAUCUAUACGGAUGAGUUGGAGUUCAAAGAAGAUGAUGUGUUCCUGACUGAGUUGAUGAAACUAGCUAAUCGGUUUCAGCUACAGCUCCUUAGGGAGAGAUGUGAGAAGGGUGUUAUGUCUCUGGUGAAUGUCAGGAACUGUAUUCGCUUCUAUCAGACCGCGGAGGAGCUAAAUGCCAGCACUCUGAUGAACUAUUGCGCGGAAAUUAUUGCAAGUCAUUGGGAUGACUUGCGAAAAGAGGACUUCAGCAGCAUGAGUGCUCAGUUGUUAUAUAAAAUGAUCAAAUCCAAGACUGAGUACCCAUUACAUAAAGCUAUCAAAGUGGAGAGAGAAGAUGUGGUCUUUCUUUACCUAAUUGAAAUGGAUUCACAGCUCCCUGGGAAGCUGAAUGAACUUGAUCAGAAUGGAGACCUUGCUCUGGACCUCGCUCUUUCCCGGCGCCUGGAGAGCAUUGCCACCACGCUGGUCAGUCACGGAGCGGACGUGGACAUGGUAGACAAGAAUGGCUGGAGCUUGUUACAUAAGGGAAUCCAAAGAGGAGAUGUCUUUGCUUCCACUUUCCUCAUUAAAAAUGGGGCCCACGUCAGUGCUGCUACCUUGAGUGCUCAGGAGACACCGUUGCACCUAGUGGCAUUGUACAGUUCAAAGAAACACUCAGCAGAUGUGAUGUCUGCAAUGGCACAGAUUGCAGAGGCCCUUCUGCAGGCUGGUGCCAAUCCCAACAUGCAGGACAGCAAGGGCAGGACUCCCUUACACUUGUCUAUCGUGGCCAGGAACGAAUACGUGUUCAAUCAGUUGCUGCAGUGUAAACAAUUAGACUUAGAACUGAAAGACCACGAGGGCAGCACAGCUCUGUGGCUGGCGGUGCAGUACAUCACCGUGUCCUCCGAUCAGUCCGUGAACCCCUUCGAAGACCUCCCUGUGGUCAACGGAACCUCAUUUGAUGAAAACAGCUUUGCAGCGAGACUCAUUCAGCGGGGCAGCAACACCAACGCACCUGACUCUAAAACAGGAAAUUGCUUACUGCAGCGGGCAGCUGAAGCAGGAAAUGAGGCAGCAGCUCUUUUCCUGGCAACCAGUGGUGCCCACGUCAACCACAGAAACAAGUGGGGAGAAACGCCGUUGCACACAGCCUGUAGGCAUGGCCUGGCUAACCUCACCGCAGAGCUCCUGCAGCAAGGCGCCAACCCAAACCUGCAGACCGAGGAAGCUCCGCCUCUGCCGAAGGAGGCUGCGUCCCCGGCCAGCUCCGUGGGCAGCGUCUACCUGCAGACGCCGCUGCACAUGGCCAUCGCCUAUAAUCACCCAGAUGUGGUGUCUGUCAUCCUGGAACAAAAAGCUAAUGCUCUUCAUGCCACCAACAACUUGCAAAUUAUUCCGGACUUCAGCCUCAAGGAUUCCCGAGACCAGACUGUGCUGGGCCUGGCCUUAUGGACAGGCAUGCACACGAUCGCAGCCCAGCUGCUGGGCUCCGGGGCAGGCAUCAACGACACCAUGUCGGACGGGCAGACGCUGCUGCACAUGGCCAUUCAGCGGCAGGACAGCAAGAGCGCGCUCUUUCUCCUGGAGCACCAGGCGGACAUCAACGUCAGGACGCAGGAUGGAGAGACAGCCCUUCAGCUGGCCAUCAAAAACCAGCUCCCGCUGGUAGUGGAUGCCAUAUGCACCCGAGGAGCUGACAUGUCUGUGCCGGAUGAGGAGGGAAACCCUCCAUUGUGGCUCGCGCUGACCAAUAAUCUGGAGGACAUCGCAUCGACUCUGGUCAGACACGGCUGUGAUGCCACAUGCUGGGGCCCAGGACCUAACGGGUGCCUUCAGACACUCCUGCACAGAGCCAUCGACGAAAACAACGAGUCCACCACCUGCUUCCUUAUUCGCAGCGGCUGCGAUGUGAACAGUCCCAGACAGCCCGGUGCUAAUGGAGAAGGCGAGGAAGAGGCCAGAGAUGGGCAGACGCCCUUGCAUUUGGCAGCCUCCUGGGGACUGGAAGAGACAGUCCAGUGUCUUCUGGAGUUUGGUGCCAAUGUAAAUGCACAGGAUGCAGAAGGAAGAACACCUAUUCACGUGGCCAUCAGCAACCAACAUAGUGUCAUCAUUCAGCUGUUGAUCUCUCACCCUGACAUCCUCUUGAAUGUCCGAGACAGACAAGGGCUGACCCCUUUUGCCUGUGCCAUGACUUACAAGAACAACAAGGCGGCCGAGGCCAUCCUGAAACGCGAGUCUGGGGCUGCAGAGCAGGUGGAUAACAAGGGCCGGAACUUCCUUCAUGUGGCCGUUCAGAACUCGGAUAUUGAGAGUGUCCUGUUCCUGAUCAGCGUUCAGGCGAAUGUGAAUUCCAGAGUCCAGGAUGCUUCCAAGUUGACCCCUUUGCACCUUGCUGUCCAAGCAGGCUCAGAGAUCAUCGUCCGCAAUUUGCUUCUUGCAGGAGCCAAAGUGAACGAAUUAACCAAGCACCGCCAGACCGCCCUCCACCUCGCUGCCCAGCAGGACCUGCCCACCAUCUGCUCGGUCCUCUUGGAGAACGGAGUGGACUUUGCCGCUGUGGACGAGAAUGGAAAUAAUGCUCUUCAUCUUGCUGUCAUGCACGGUCGGCUCAACAACAUCCGAGUCCUCCUGACUGAGUGCAACGUGGACGCCGAAGGCUUUAACCUGAGAGGCCAGUCGCCACUGCACAUUUUGGGACAAUAUGGCAAAGAGAAUGCAGCGGCCAUCUUUGAUCUCUUCUUAGAGUGCAUGCCUGAUUAUCCUCUCGAUAAACCGGAUGCAGAAGGAAACACAGUGCUGCUUCUAGCAUACAUGAAGGGGAAUGCCAACUUGUGCCGUGCCAUCGUCCGAUCUGGGGCUCGCCUCGGAGUGAAUAAUAACCAAGGUGUCAACAUUUUCAACUACCAGGUUGCCACCAAGCAACUCCUGUUCAGACUGUUAGAUAUGCUGUCCAAGGAGCCGCCCUGGUGUGACGGCUCCAACUGCUACGAGUGCACUGCCAAGUUCGGAGUCACGACUCGCAAACAUCACUGUCGUCACUGCGGACGUCUGCUCUGCCAUAAAUGUUCGACCAAGGAGAUUCCCAUUAUCAAGUUUGAUCUGAACAAGCCUGUGCGAGUUUGCAACAUUUGCUUUGAUGUACUGACUCUGGGCGGGGUCUCUUAG